AUGGCUUUCUUUUUAUUACUUCCGUUAAUUCCAACUAUAUCUUCAACUAUAUUUAAACAUUAUAUUGAAGGUCCACCUAAAAAAUCUUGGGAUUUAAAGUUUCACUUAGCAGUGACUUUGCUUAAAAACAACACUCGUUUUUCGAAAUUGCCUAUUGAACAGCUUCGAAAGGAAUCAGUAAAUUUUAUUAUUAAAGUUCCUCCUAAUAUAACU